AUGGGCCCUAUUUUGGUUGAACUCAUUGAGGCCAUCCACAUCUCACCGGUAAAGUGCGUGAUGUACAUUGCAGGUGCCGGAAGUUCCGCCAUCUCCCAUCUCACCGGCGUGGCUGCCUGCUCGCGCACGCUUCUCGAUGCCCGUGUGCCGUACUCGGCAGCUGCGACCACACACAUGUUGGACGAUCGUCCAGCGAAGAUGGUCACCGCAGCGGUGGCGCGGCAGUUGGCGCAGCACGCCUAUCAUCGUGCGAAGCGCUUCAGUGGCAACAGUGACGGCGAAUCGCUUGUUGGCAUCGGCUCAACCUCUGCUGUGCAGACCAACCGCACCAGGCAUGGGAAGGAUUGCGCCUUCGUGGCAGCGUGGAGUCAGCAGCAGGUGAUGGAGUACGCGGUGGAACUACCAGGUCACCUUUCGCGUACCGAACAGGAGGAACAGGUGACGCUGCUUUUGCUAAAGGCGUUGGCGGAUUGUGCCAAUGUCCCGUUCAAGUCUUCACUCCUCGCAGUUGAACCGUCGAGACACUGUGCUCUUCUGCCAGAUUCUCCGCUGCGAUGCGUAAUGCAAGGGGAGACGGCGUGUGUCGUCUUUAACACCCACAGUGAGCUACGGGCGGACCUUCCACCAUACGUGGCUGAGACGUACUCUGUGACAAGCGCGGGCACAGCGAUGAAGCGGCUACUGUUCCCUGGAUCGUUCUCUCCGCUGCAUUGGGGCCACACAGAGCUAGCGCAAGCGGCGGCACGAACGGUGGCGGCUAUGGCAGCAAGGCUGACUGCUGGGAGCGAAGAUGCAGCACUUUUGCAGCACGACGCCUCUAUCAGCGAGGUGGAGGUGACAUAUGAGAUUGCCGUAUGCAACGCAGACAAGGGGAUGGUUGGUUCAUUGGAAGAUCUUGAAAAACGAGUGCAUCAGUUCAUCCAGCGUGGCGCACGCGUUGCCGUGACAACGGCCCGUCUCUUCACAGAGAAGGCCGUGCUAUUCCCUGGUCACGGCUUCAUUGUCGGCAUCGACACGGUGAAGCGCAUUCUUGAUCCGAAGUAUUAUGGGGACUCGAGGGAGGCGAUGCUGCAGGCGGUGCGGGGGAUUGGGGCUCAGGGCGUCUUUUUUGUUGUGGGCGGCCGCGUCUCGGAGGAAGCCGGGGGGGUGUGGGAGGAUUUGACGUCUGUUGACAUCCCCGAGGAGGUGCGGUCGUUUUUCAUUCCUAUUCAGAAGGACGAGUUCCACGUGGAUGUGAGCUCGACCGCGCUGCGAAAGCGACGAGGAGGCGCAAGUUGA